AUGAGCGCCGAAGACAGGGGUUUGAAGCGCUUCAAUGGCGAAGAUGACGAUGCAGGGAAGCAACUCCGCAAGUGGAUGCUGUGGGCACAAGCCAAGAUGGCAACCAUGAAGGAUCUGUCGAGCAAACAGCAGGGUCCUUGGAUCUACACUCUUCUGGAAGGGAAGGCUCUGGAAGCAGUGGAACACUUGUCAUUGGAAGACAUGAUGUCUGAAAAUGGCGCGAAGACGAUCUGGACUUUGCUGAAGACUCGGUUCCCGGAAAAGGAAUCAGAAGAUCAGAUGGGCGAAGCCUUGGGAGAGGUCUUCGGACUGUGUGCAAAGGAAGGAGAAUCGAUGCAGCAGUGGGCGGCCCGGGUACAAGAAGUGUUCCAGAAGUGUCGCAGGAAAGCCGAAGUAGAAUUUCCUGCUGUGGCACAAGGCUGGAUUGCCUUGAACUGCGCCGGGCUCAGCGAGGAACAGAAGGCCAUUGUGAAGGCCAAGUCUCAGGGCAAGUUGGACCUUCCAACUGUUACUGCUGCGCUGCGAUCGUGUUUUCCGACUUUGCGGGCAGGGACGAAAGCUAAGAAGCCAGUGGCGACACUGCUCGUGGACGACGACGGCGUGGAGAACACGUUGGACGACGGCGAGACGGAGAACUUUGCCGACGUGGAGGCCUUCCUGGCGGACAACCAGUUCGAGGACUUCACCCAGAACGACGAGCUCGACGAACAAGAGGCGGCUGAAGCUCUUGCCGUCUCGUGGAAAGAGCGACGCCAGGAGAUUAGCAAACUCCAACAGUCGCGCAAGUUUGGCGCGGUCUCUGCUGCCAAGAAAAGCUUCCGAGUAGAAAUCGAGGAGCUUAAGCGCCGCACCCGUUGCCGCAGAUGCGGCAAACUCGGCCAUUGGGCCCGCGAGUGCCGGUCCUCAGCUUCCAAGCCCAAGAGUGAGCAACAGGCGUCUGGCGCUGGCAGCUUGUCUCAGCAUCAGAACGAUGCCAAUCUGGUGCAGGAGGAGCUCAUCAGCUUCCCGGAUGAUGAGAUCACCUUUGUGGGAGCCGUCGAGACUGCUUCGACCGAAGUCUGCAGCGUGGGUCUCGUGUCUUCACCAGGAUACGGGGUGGUGGACUCGGGCUGUGGUCGAACUUUGAUCGGCCGAGAGACGCUGAACGAACUGAAGCAGAUGCUGCAGGGCAAGACAAGGCUGGUCGCUGAAGAGUAUGCCUCCAGCAACUCCUUCCGUUUCGGCAAUGGUGCCACCGAGGAGAGCAGUGUGGCUGUGCGCAUUCCGGUGGGAGUGGGCAAAAGGGUCGGGGCGAUCGAUGCCGCGGUGAUCUCAGGGCGGGCUCCAUUGUUGUUGGGGCGCCCGACACUUGAGAAGAUGAAUGUCGUCUUGGACUUUGGCGAGCGCAAGAUGCGGUUCCUGAACCAAGGCACUCUGGUUCCCAUGCAUACCAACAGUGCAGGCCAGCUCCUCAUCGAUGUGAUGGAGUGUCUGCUGUCGCAGUGGAACAACAGUAAGCACCAGCAGGAUUGCCAGAUUGCGGUUGCUGAGCUGUUCUCGCCUCCCCGACUGUCUGAGGAGGCUCGCAAGCAUGGUGCAUCGGGGGUCCGCAAGUGCCCGGGUGAUCAUGAACAUGAAGUUGUGUCAGGGAAGCAGAACUGUGACAGAGCAUCGCAGUAUCCUGUACAAUUCGUCCGGGCCAUGUGGAAGUGUCUGGCCGGAUACCUCCCGCCAGGUCUUCUGAUGACGCAGCAGAAGGGCAGGUUCCUGCUCCGCCUGAGGGAUUCUCCUGACGUAGCAGCAUCAGAGGCCGUCAUGGCCGAUGACGGGAGUCGUCAGCUGCCGGUCACCACAGUCCGCGUGAGCCUGCGCAGAAACGGCCAGCCAGCCGAGAACCUAGCGAAGAAUAGUUAUGUGGAAGUACUAAUCGCCGGUUUCCUUCAAAAGCGCAUGCAGAAAGAACUGCCAGCCACCAACAACAUGCCAGAGGUGCAGCAACAGGUUGAUGAGGCCAAAGUUCUUGAGUGGGACACCGUAGUAGGCAAGCAGGCUGUUAAAGUGUGGAGGGGCGCGAAGGCUCGAGACAUUCGCAAAAAGAUGGCACACAGGUUCGUUGGCACACGCUUUGUCGUCACUCGUAAAUCGGAUGAAGAGGGCACUCGCAUUAAAGCUCGCCUUUGCUUGCAAGGCCAUUCAGACCCAGAUUUCCAUCAAAAGAUCACGUCCGGUCUGUGUCACUCUCCUACGCUCAGUCAGUUGGGGCGCUCAGUGUUGCUUCAACUCAUGGUGUCGCAUCACUGGACUCUUAAUCUCGGCGAUGUGAAAGGAGCGUUCAUGGAGGCAGGCCCUCUGUCAGACAAGUUUCGCCCCCUGUACGCUCACCAACCGCAGGGCGGGAUCCCUGGCCUGCAUCCAGAUGAUGUCCUGGAAAUUACUGGCAACCUUUAUGGAGCCAAUGACGCUCCAUUUCAGUGGUACCAAACCUUCGAUGCUGAAGCCCGCAAGGUGGGUUUUCAACGCAGCUCUUUCGAUAGCCGCCUCUACUUCUUCCGUGACUCGUCUAAUUCGCUGUCUGGCGCACUGGGCGCGCACGUUGACGACACCAUGACAGGAGGCCGUGGCGCCGAAUAUGAUGAGGCCAUUGCUCACCUCAAAUCUCGUUUUCCUUAUAGAAAGUGGAGGGUUGGCAGUGGCGAGUUCUGUGGCGUUGUGUAUGCGCAGAAUCCACACUCGUUUGAGAUCUCCUUUCAGCAGUCUGAGUAUGCCAAGCACAUUCGACCAAUAAACAUGUCCAAACAGCGGAAGACCCAAAAGGACUCCCCAGCUACAGACAAAGAAGUCGCAGCACUGAGAGCAGUGAACGGUGCGGCAGGCUGGCUGAGUGGCCAGUCCAGGCCGGACUUGGCUGCGCAGACUUCUUUUGCCCAGCAGGCGUUUCCGUCGCCAACCGUAGGGAGUCUUCUGAUGGCCAAUCAGUUAGUGCAUAGAGCGCAGCAAUAUGCAGAUGUGUCCAUCACUGUUCGGGACAUCCCUCCGGAAAAGCUUGCUGUAGCUUUCCACUCCGACGCCGGCUUCGCUAAUGCAGGGGCGCACAAGACUCAGGCCGGAUAUCUUGUAGCCUUCGUGAAUGCAGAUAUGGAUACGGACCAGGAGAUGCUCCGCCAAGCCCGAGCUGAAGGUCGGUCCGACGAGCUUCUUCAGAUCAUCCAGUCGAGCUUUGCCACCUCAGAUGUGCAGGGCAUGUCGGAUGCUCCGAAGCGGCAGCGAUCUUCGAUGACCACCUCUGGCUGGGAGGAUGCAGUGAUCAUCCCCGAUGCUGGUACCACCAGGAAGGGACCAACCUCUUCCGGAAUGGCUCCCUCAACGGCCACCUCGAGUACCACUCAGGGAGUGAUCCUCCCGAACGAUGCCCCAAGGACGGCCCUUCCGCCUGGCAUCCGUGAUGUUGACCAGUGGGGAGCCACGAUCUGUGAGUUGCCCAAAGUGAAGGCCAAGAACGCCUGCUACACUGACUUGGUCAACUUGGCUUUCUCCGACCCUGAGAUCAUGACGUACCUGACCAAAUUCGUGCUCAAACACAAUGGCCCGAGUCCCAAGGUUCGAGAUCUUCGGCAGUAUCUCGAGUACAUCAACUUUCCGAACAACUUUGAGGGUAGAGCUCGUACUGGUACGUAUGUCAUGCCGCGUCAGUUCAAGCAGGGUGUGUAA